AUGGCGACGAUCGGUAACAACAAUCUCAACGCGAAACUGGUUCUGCUAGGUGACAUGGGGGCUGGUAAAUCAAGCCUCGUAUUGCGCUUCGUCAAGGGCCAUUUUCUCGAAUUUCAGGAAUCGACGAUCGGGGCGGCGUUCUUCUCUCAGACGCUGGCGGUGAAUGACGCGACGGUGAAAUUCGAGAUCUGGGACACUGCCGGCCAGGAAAGGUACCACAGCUUGGCUCCCAUGUAUUAUAGAGGAGCUGCGGCCGCUAUCAUCGUCUACGACAUCACUAGCACCGACUCGUUUGCGCGGGCUAAGAAGUGGGUGCAAGAACUUCAGAAGCAAGGUAACCCUAACAUGGUCAUGGCACUUGCUGGGAAUAAAGCUGACUUGGAGGAAAAGAGGAAAGUGACUGCUGAAGUAAGUAUUAUCUUUGCUGUUAUGCGUUUGCUUAUUGGAGUUGGGUGCCUAGGUCAAGAAUUGUUGAAACUGGAGGCCCCGCCUGGUGAGAAGCCCGAACUUGUCAAAACUCACCUGCGCAAUAUGAUAAUAGUACCUGAGAUGAUUGGAAGUGUCAUUGGGGUGUACAACGGAAAAACCUUCAAUUCCAUUGAGAUCAAGCCUGAAAUGAUUGGUCAUUAUCUUGCUGAGUUCUCUAUCUCAUACAAGCCAGUGAAGCAUGGACGACCUGGUAUUGGUGCCACCCACUCGUCCAGGUUCAUUCCUCUCAAGUGA